UCAGUCAUAUGCUACAGUGAUAUAUACAAAAAAUUUCAUGUGUUUAAGAAUAUCACUAGACACCAAUGGUCACCAAAUUCUUUUGUAUAUUUUUCAAAACCAAAUUAUAGUUAUAUGGUUUAAAUAUGUUUGUGACCAAUUGGUGAAAGAAGUUACAAAAAAGUCAUGUACAUAUACAUAAUGCAUUUGUCCUUUUUGGGAUUGAAUUUGGCAUUUCUCGCAUAUUAAAAUGAUAUCAUUAUCUUUUCUUUUAUGUUAUUCCAACUUCUUUCUCUUUUUAUUUUCCGUACGUCAUUAAAUAUUCUUCCAUGCACAAUUAUAAAACACAUUCUUUACUUUUUCCUAAUGUAAUUAUAAUUCCUUUCUUUUCUUUUUUUAUUGUUUGACAUAAGUUCAUUUCUUUUCCCUACAUGAGUAUAGAUGUGCAACUUUGAGUCAUAUUUAGAUGAAUAACACCUAAGUCAAGCAAGAUUUGUAAAUGAUGGUUGAUAUGUAAAUAACUAUUUUAAUCCUUACUUAAUGUGACACCCUAAUACAUAUAUUACUAUUACUAUUUUUAGUAACCAGUUAUACUUGCCGGAUAACCUUGCUCAUAAGCUAAUGAUCUAUAUAUUCUCCAUUACCUUUAAGAGUAUAGUUCAAAAUGACUUAUUGUCACUCCCAUUGACCAUGGCAAAAUAUGGAUUACUCAGUUUCCCGUCACCCACCUCUCAGGCCUUAUUGGCUUAACUUAACUGUCAAGAUAUAUCCGAUAUGCUAUAUAAUAUUCAGUCAAAUAAACAUCCAUUCAUCACCACAUGCCAUAUCACAUUCAUCAUCUCAAACUCAAAGAAUUCAUACAUCACAACAUAAGGACCAUCAACCAGUCCCUUGAUAACUCACUGUUUAAACAUUUAUGCGUCAAAUAUCACAUCAUACUAGCAUUACCAUGUAACCCUGUCCCAACAUAGCAAAACAUCAUAUCAUCCAAUCUUAAAUCAUAGUAUAAAACAUUAUAGAAAACCAUCAUCAUCGACUUGCACAUUUCAUAUAUCACAUCAUAGAAAGUCAUCACUUAACCACAUCAUAAGUAAUAUUUAUACAAUGAUUCAAUCACAUGCAUGGUUAGGUUCAUUGCAUUUUACAUCUUAAUUUGCCAAGUCAUACACUCCUCGGGUAGUAUAGUAGAUGACAUGCAUACCACCACAUCGUACCUAGACUGGUGUCCUAUAAAUCCAUUGCAGAUCAUACCCUAACUGAUGUCAUGUAUAUAGGGUGGGACGUACCCGCACCGGUGUCUUGUAAAACCAACGCAGGAUCAUAUCAUGACGAUGUCUUGUAAAUUCAGUUACUAUACUGAUUGCACAACAGAGCACAUUUAUGUUUGUAUUAAGUUAUCAUACAAUUCCAGUUACAGUCAGUCACAUAUUAAAUAUUGGAGGAUAAUGUGAAGUGAAGACAAAGUGUCUCCAUAACUAACAUUUGCUUUGAUAUCAUACGUACAAUAUUGAAGGUAAGAAGCAUAGCAGAAUAGUUUGGUUGACUUUGAUAUAAUGGUGGAAAAGGCUAGCGUACACUCGAGGUGUAAUAUGCACCUUCAUUCAUACCUAUUAGUUGUAUGUUAAUAUAUAUUGACAAAUAGGAAUCAGUGGUUAUUAUUUUUCAUUAAAUGAAUCGUACGAUUUGGAUUAGAGAAUUAAAGACUGUGUUUCGCCUAUUAGAGAAUAUGGUAUAACAUCAUGUGCCAAACUCCGUUAAUUUAUGGUCUAAAUACCAACUCUAUAGGAGUACAGUAAGGUGGUGUACACGAGCUUAAACCAUGUACAACUUAUGAAGUUGACAAUUGUCGGUCAAUCAAAGAUUCAAUGGUCAUGAAUAAUAUUUUCCAAGCGGUGAUUAAGUUACAGCGUUGUUUGACUUUAUUAUUGAUCAUCAUUAAAACCUAGAGUAAAUGUAGCAACCCUCAUAUCAAAUAAGUCAGUGAUAAUAGAUAACAAUCAUAAAUAAAUAUGAAAAGUAGGAAUCUGCUACCAUUGGAAAAAUGACAAAUAAUAGAAGGAAAAGUACAAACAAAUGAACUCGCCGCCCGUCGGGCGGGCAUAAAACUAGUAUCAAUAUUAGUCAUUUGGCAAGCAAUCACUUGCUCGGAUUCUACAUAUUGAUCAUUUUGAAUUAAAAUAAAAUUUUUUGGUCUGGUCCUGCUCUAAUAUAUGUCCGGGGUGCAAGUUAGAGCAGGCCGACACAUACAUAUAUGUAUUUUAAUGAAAACCACUUAAAAGUUAGUUUUUUUAUUAAAAUAUCAAGAAACAAACUAAGACAUAUAGAUGUAGGUUAAUUAUUCAAGAAAUCAUGGGUCACCUAUUUAUCACUUUGUUAUGGCCAAAAUAUUAUGCAAUAAAAGUAAAAUGCUAAGUAAUUCGAAUAAAAUUACAUAUAAUUUAGACAAAACGAAUCAAGAAUGGGCAGAUCAAAACAUAUAAGGUUGUAGAUGAUCAUGAUAUUACCUGCCCCAAUUCAGGUUAGACAAGACAUGUCAUAUCAAAAUUGCCAUGAACACAUUGUGGGAGAGACAUGUAACCAUUGGAUGGGAAAAGGGUUGGUAAAAAAGCAAGUAGCAGGGUGGGUGUGGCAUUUUUUAGGUCCGAAAAAAGGGGCACAUGAGAGAGAGGGUUUUGGAUGUCACAUGAUACAAGUAAGUUUUGAUAAAAAGAAUUAUAUAUACCCACAUUUGUUAAUACAAGGGAUCAAACUCAUCAUCUUGAGGUAAUAUAAGAGUAUUUUUUUCAUUGCAUUAAAGCUCACUUCUUGUUACUUGGUUUCCAUCAUAUUGAUUUAUUAUACUAAACAUGAAAUUCUCAUUAAAACAAUUACAUUUUAUAAAAAGAACAAACCUAGUUUCAAAUUUCGUCUUUGCCACUGAAAAAGAGGAGAAGAGAAAUAAGUAUAACUCACCAACUCCAAACUUUGGCUUUGAAAAAGCCAAACCCCACUUAACACCCAAUUCCUCUCCAACCUUGCUACUGUGUUACUAUGCUUUUCUCAAGCUAUCUAUAGGCUAGAUAACAGCCAAGGAUUUCAAAUCCUCACUUCAUCCCAGUUCGACUGUUGGAGCAGAGCGGGACGUGCAAGAGGAAGAAGAUGAUCUAAAUUGAUGAUGCUCAACGUUUUGCUGAAGCACACCAUUUCACUCUUUGCUACCAAUGUUGUGUCAUUUUUUUACCUUUCAUUGUUGUAUGUUGCUUUUAUGUCAAGCUUGUAGUUGUUUCCUUUUCAAGCAAACAAACAACAAGGUAGCUGGAGAUUGUUGUCUUGUUCUGCACUGAGUUGUGUAUAAGAACCAACUGCAUCAAUGAGAAAGGCUUUAAGCCUUAGGGUUUCAACCCUUGUUAUGGUAUCAGAGCCCUUGACCUAAAUUUUCUCCCCUGCCAUGGCUGAAAACGUUAACAACAAUGGUCAACAACCACCCCCAGAACCACAACCACAACCACACCCUCAACCACCGCCACCGCCACCACCCCAACCACAACAACCUCCAAACCUUUACCAGCUUGAAGAUCCCUUCUUCUUAAUGGAUCUGAGCAACUUGGUCUUCUUUUGGUUGGUGAAAAGCUUACUCCCACCAACUACAACGAUUGGAGCAAAGCCAUGUACACUACUCUUGCUUCCAGGAACAAACUUGGUUUUAUCAAUGGUCUGAUUCCUGAGCCAGCCCCUACAGAUCUGCUUCAUGGUGCCUGGACAAGGAACACCAUUAUGAUUCUAAGUUGGAUUCAACAAGCAGUAGACUCAGAUAUUCGAAAGAAUAUUCUUUCUAGCAAAACAAUUGCUGAUGCCUGGAAGAGUUUGCAGUCCAGAUAUGGUUCUGGUGAUCUCAUACGUGUUGCUGAGUUGGAAGAAGCCUUGUCUUAAGCCUUAGGGUUUCAACCUUUGUUAUGGUAUCAGAGCCCUUGACCUAACUUUGCUCCCGCCGCCAUGGCUGUAAACGUUAACAACAAUGAUCAACAGCCACCCCCAGAACCACACCCUCAACCACAACCACAACCACCGCCCCAACCACAACAAUCUUUAAACCUUUACCAGCUCGAAGAUCCCUUCUUCUUACAUGGAUCUGAGCAGCCUGAUCUUCUUUUGGUUGGCGAGAAGCAUACUCCUACCAACUACAACGAUUGGAGCAUAGCCAUGUACAAUGCUCUUGAUGCCAAGAACAAACUUGGUUUUAUCAA